CUUAGGCCACUCUAUCGGGUCUUCAAACACCCCCUCUCUGUGCCCUUCCAAGUUUACCCAAGCUAGUUCCUUCACUCUGUCUCUCACAGUUGCCGUUUGUUUGGAUGCAUACUUGAAAAUGGCAGGGGACGGACAGUCUAACUACGACGCUGUUCCAGUCGAGGAGCAAGCAACAUACCUGGAUUCACCGUCGAGACUCUCGUCCCCACAUUACGAGGAAUCCACAGUCGACCACCCAGAGGACACUGAAGCGGACCCGAAAGAGCCUGGCUUGCAGCCUCUCGAUACCUCAUUGCUGUACAGGCUUCUACGUCUAGUGUUUGACAUGAUUGUUGCCUCCAUCAGCCUGCUAUUUGUCAUUCUCGGUGUCUGGGCUUACAGGAUCGACGGAAAUCUCGCCGGCCCAAACUCCACGGGUUUCAAGCUCGUGAAAGCCGCACAAUACGCACCUACCAUCUUCCCGGUCCUCUUCGCCGCCAUUGUCGGCGGCAGCAUGAAGAGCAUCCCCUCCUGGUGUAUCCAGACUCAUUGGGGGACAACGGUCGGACUGUUGCAGCGAUGUCUCGGGAGUCAGAGUAUCUCGGGCGCAGUGCUCACACAGAUACAGCUAGGCUUGCUAGAUUUCGGCGCUAUAAUGAUAAUUUUCUUGUGGUCUUUAUCGCCAUUGGGUAGCCAGGCCUCUCUCAGAGUCAUUUCUAUCGUGGCAAGGAACUCAAGUAGUCCGCGGAACCUUACUACCAUAAACACCUUCACUGCUUAUCAAUACGGCAAUGCCGACGGUAUAGCAGAAGCCCAGCGCACUGUGGUGUAUCCCACCGUUGCUGUCAUUAUGGCGGCUCCACUCUUGGAAAAGCGCAACCAAGAUCUUUGGGGCAACGUGCGCUUCCCUAUGCUGGAAAAUGAGCAGAGCCUGUGGGACACGACCGGUCACGAAUGGACGGUCAUGCCCGAGGAGAAUAAUCUGACAUAUGCAUCACUGGUCGGCACCCCCGUGGGCAAUCUUGCGGAUGCAGGAAACACCUCUUUCACCCUGCCAGGUUCAUACCUGUAUAUCAACUGCUCGAAGUUCGGAAAAUCCAACCAGACUGACUUCACCAACUACACCUCCUCGAGUUCGCCACUUCCCGAGACUGGUGUUGACUGUGCCUGGGCAAGCAUGCGCGGCGGCACCCAAUACCAGAUCGCCAUCUCCCAACCGUGCUCAAAUUUCCGGCUGCUGCCAGAGGCGAACACCACCCGGCCUGCCCGCCAGCUUCAGUUUGAGUCGCGGGUACAGGGGACUUCCAGGGCAGAGUGGACGCGCGCUGAGUGCGAUCUGACCACAACAUACGUCGACGCCAACGUGACCUGCACGGCCAGCGCCUCGGGCAGUUCCUCUGCCAGUACCUGUCAGGUUUCGUCGGUCCGCGCCUCGCCUACACCUCCCUACGAUCGCAACUGGACCGUCUUCGAUCUCAACGAGCCGUUCAGCAGCCAGCCUGUUCUAACUUUACUCUCAACGUUCUUCCCUAACGCCCAGGUUGCCGGCGGCGACCAGCCCAUCCUCGUGUAUCUGGAAGACCCCUACCACGCGGUGGUGAACCCUGACUCCCUACAGGGCACGUAUACGGUCGGCAAAAAAGCGUUCGAGACGAGGCUGGCCCAGAUCCUCAACUCCGUGCUAUACAUCGGUAUCAAUCCGUCCGCGUUUACGGGGUCCUUUGCAGAAGAGGAGGCGUUAGCGAAUUCUCGAACCGUCCCAGGGGCAAUCACGACCCUUGUUCACGAGGUGGUUCAGUGCAGCCGGAGCUGGCUCGGCGUGCUGCUGGCUGCGUCGCUGGCGCUCUUCCUCUGCGCCAUCGCCGGCGCUGUCUUGCGCUUUUGCACCCUUGCACCCGACGUACUGGGGUCAAUCGCCGUGGCGUUCUUGCGCAAUCGCAUCCCCGAUCUCGUCGGGUCCUCCACGUGGUCGGCGGAUGAGUGGGUACGGCAUACCCGCGACACGCGAUUGUACUUGGGCGAUGUGGAGGCCGAGGCCGAGGCAGGCUGCAUUGCUCUGGCGACCUCGCCAGAGGAUGUGCAGGUCCCCCUAGUAAAGAACAGACUUUACAAGUAA